UGCUGUGCAAACAAGGUGACAUUUUCCGCAAAUAAUUUUCUGCGCAAUUCAAUCCGUCCAAGAUGUCACAAGGAGAUAGUUAUCAUCUCAAGUUUGGCCCCGAUGCGGGGGCACACACGUUGAUGCCUAUCUGGAAUACAGAAGAUAUAAGCAACACAAAACAGACUUUGAAACGCCCCAUCCUUCAGCUGUGCAAAGUCCGUGGCUGCCGCUGUAACUCGUACAGCUACGUCCCGCUGAAUGACUCUGAACCAAUCAGGUGCGGCUGUAAACAUUACUCGGACGAACAUUCGGAGAUGAAUCUCAUGAAGUGCAAGAAGUGCGUGGUUCAUGAAUUUCUCACCAGGUGGUGUUACUGGCACAAUUUAGUGAGCACCCCCCAAGAAGAGCAUUUUAAAUUUCGCGCGAGUUAUCCCACGUGCAGCGAACGUCACGUCUCGGAGUCUGCGCAGUUCAGACGUAAGGAGACCAUGCCAUGGAAUAGAUCGCGUUCUGUCAAUUCGGAGGAAUGAUCUGCACUACACUACUGGCAUACUGCAGCUGCAUUUGAACAUAUUUGGUGACCACAUCACAGAUGACCAAGACUAGAGAGAGGAUCGAGCUAUGACUUUGCACAUCCCAUCGACUUCGGUGUUCACCAGUGCAAUCAUCAGAAGAGCCAGUCUAUUUUAGUAUUCAAGUAUUUCAUUCUGUAAUACUUACCUCAAAAUUGACUAAAUAAAGAAAACCGCAUGUGGCAGUUGGGUAAAAAAAUCAAGUCUAUCUGGCCAGAGUCCUCUAUUAAAACAUGUGUACAUUACGUAUACAUUGUUGUGCAUAGGUUUUGGUAAAAAAAGUACUCAUUGGACCAAUCAAUCUGCACAAAAUUUUAUAUGUGUCAAGAAGAACCCUUUGCCAAUAGCAUAAUAAAGUUUUAAAAAAUUCCAAUACCGAUUGCCUGAGAAAAAAAGAUUUCCGUACACCAUAUCCAUCAAAAUGUCACUGGCGCAUUGAUAUGGCCCUGUCAAAGUACAAGUUCUAAACUGACCAGUGAGACCACAUUUUCUUAAAUAUAUUAUCAAAAAGCAUAUUUCUGUGAUGGCCUGACUCUGUACAUUAAGAAUCAACCACAGAUUGAGAAUUAAUUCCACUUUGGUCCAUCCCAGCCAUGUAUUUACCACAACUUAACAUUUUGAUAAGCUCUAUGUGACUGUGCCACACUUCCGGUCGUGGAUGAAUACAGGUCUCUGCCCUAGUAGGCCAGAGUCCUCUAUUAAAACAUGUGUACAUUACGUGUACAUUGUUGUGCAUAGGUUUUGGUAAAAAAAGUACUCAUUGGACCAAUCAAUCUGCACAAAAUUUUAUAUGUGUCAAGAAGAACCCUUUGCCAAUAGCAUAAUAAAGUUUUAAAAAAUUCCAAUACCGAUUGCCUGAGAAAAAACGAUUUCCGUACACCGUAUCCAUCAAAACGUCACUGGCGCAUUGAUAUGGCCCUGUCAAAGUACAAGUUCUAAACUGACCAGUGAGACCACAUUUUCUUAAAUAUAUUAUCAAAAAGCAUAUUUCUGUGAUGGCCUGACUCUGUACAUUAAGAAUCAACCACAGAUUGAGAAUUAAUUCCACUUUGGUCCAUCCCAGCCAUGUAUUUACCACAACUUGACAUUUUGAUAAGCUCUAUGUGACUGUGCCACACUUCCGGUCGUGGAUGAAUACAGGUCUCUGCCCAUCUGUUUAAAGUUUUUACUUGCUAUCAACAUUUCAAUGGUGGCAUUCUGCUAAGGUUUGUAAGAGUUUCACUUGACUUAAGCAGGGUGUACACUAGUAAAAUAUUAGCAACAUUUUACCAACAUUUUUACAACAAUUUUGCAACAAGCCCUUCAAGGCCCUGUGUACACUAGCAACAAAAUUGCAACAAAUUAGCAACAUUUUUACAACAUGUUGGUAAAUUGUUGCAAACUUUUUAGUGGGAACAAAGGGAAAUAGGUAUUUUGGAGGGAAAAUGGAUGAUUCCAAGGAGAGAAGAUGUGUUUUGAGUGCUUCUGCAGCAAUUUUAGCUGUCAUUGUUGAGAGACUGAAGAGGCGGCGAAAUAACCAAAGAGAAUAUGGACCAGGCCCUGGAUCAAAAGGGUGGAUCAUGGGGCAUACCACUGCCUGUUAAAGGAGUUGCGGCUGACUGACAAGCCGUCAUACAAAAACUUCCUGCGAAUGGAUGAAACUUCUAGAAAAGGUUUCAUCACCCUACGAAGCAAGACACUCACUUGAGAGUUGCUAUACCUGCUUCUUGUUCAAGUCACAUGACCUCAGGUAGAUCACAUGACGCAAAUCCUAUUUCUGAUUGGCUGAAGAGUUUGCAACAUUUUUACAACAUGCAACAAAGAAUUGCAUUGCAUUUAAUUUGCAACAAUUUUACAACAAUUUUACAACAAUUUUACAACAUGUUGUAAAUGUAAGACGCGUUUUGCUCUGUACACACUACGCAACAUUUGUUGCAACUGGAAAUGUUGUAAAAAUGUUGCUAAUAUUUUACUAGUGUACACAGGCCUUUAGGCAAUAAUAGAGUUGGGUAGAGCAUUUUGUUAAUGUUACCCUUUUAGUUAGGGAAACUGGUGCCUUCUGCAUUAGGUGGACCCUACUUGCUCAUCUGUCAGACCAGCCAGUCGGCAGUAGAGUUUAAGGUCCAGUCUGCGAGAUUUACCCAUUUCUACCCAGCCAAAAGCGGGUGAUUGGGCUAGUCUCUCCAUGUGAUUCAAUUCGCAUGGAUUCUUGUGUCCUGUGCUGAAAGGCUCCCUCCACAAGGGCAGACUACAUCCGGUGGCACUAAAAUAUGGAAGAAAGACAGAAGACGACCAAUUUGCGAAAAGGAUCAUCAUCAUCAUCAUCAUGGUAACAGCUGAGGAUGAAUCAUGUUGCUGUGUGUAGAAUUGAUGGUCCAAUAUAGGUUAGGUUAUCUGUUUGCGCACACAUUGCAAGGGUGGAGCUUGCUUGAAGUAGAUUGCGCCAGUCUACCGUAAUUCACUGUUACACAUCCAGAAGCUAAUAUCCUCAGGCUUUGAGUCCUUAGUUUAGUAGAGUUUGACGAGUAAUGUAAUAUAUACAAACAACGCAGCAACAACUUAGCUGAGCGCCAGGCCCUUGGGCCUCUUGUUUUGCUAUUGGUCAUGGACUCUCUAAAUUUGAUAUGUAGACACCUAUUGGGCAUCUCUACAUGUUGACACAGAUUUAGGUCAGUGUGACCUACUAUUCAGGUAUAAGUAGGUCGAGGUUGAAAAAGCCCAUUUCUUUAUUCCAGCAGAUCGAAGUUUGAAAUGAAGUUUAAGAGGUCGGCCUGAUAUAGAGGUUUCGAUAUUAAAUAGAUUAAUUUCGUUUCAUAUCACUAGGUGGCGGUAUUGUGCAAAAAUGUCAGUUGGCGCAUUGCCAGCAGUUUUGAAUUUCGCGGUUCGAGGCAAUCCGUCGGGGUAUCCCAGAUGCGCAGUGUUGUACUGCGCCACUAGAUCUGCAUACUAUGGAAGACAGCCAUUUUAUGAAUUAUGUAUGGAAGACAGCCAUUUUAUGAAUUUGAAGCGAGACGAAGAAGGAAUUAAAUCACCUUGAAUCAGUGCUAAAACUUAAUCAUCCGCUCUUCGGAUGAGGUCGUAUGUGUUGAUUACAUUCUUGUGAUUGGUUUGAGAUUAUUAGUUUGUCCUCAUUGCCGGUUGUUUUAGAAAAUUUUGACUGUGAUUGGAAGGUAAAAUGAGAAACUUGUCACACUGUUCUUCGGCUUGGAAUGGGGAUAGUCAAUGCAGAGCCAGUUGGUACAAGCUGCCUUGCGAAUCGGGGUGGCGUAAUAAUACUGUGAAAGAACAAUAAAAUGAUGAAUUGUAGCAGUGUGUGUCAGAAAUUAUGUGAUUUCCAUUGCAUUUGACGAUCCCAAAGUUUCGAGAGUAUGGCAAAAUGGCGGCUGCCGUCAGUGGAGAUUAGCGUCAAGCCGGAACCUUUCGUUACAAUGUGGGCUUUUAAACACAAGUUAAUGGUUUAUAAUCACCCAGACGCUACUCAUUAGGUA